GGUGAGUUUAUUGUGUUCUGUGUGGUAUGGUGUGAAACGGGACUUUUUUUUUUUCGUCACACUUCUCUCGUCCCCAUUUGCAAUUUUUGCGCAGUGCUCGCCAUUACACACUAUUUUUGGACAACUUUUCCAUCGUACUUUCUUGCUGUUUUAUCCCAAUUUUCACAGUGAAAACAGCUUGCAAUGUGUGCCCCCGUUUUCACGGAUUACUCUUAUGAUGGAUUUUGAGUGAGGACUGAGAGAAAUUGCUGCUCAAACUUAACACGCUUUUCAAAAGCGUUUAGGUAUCUUACCUUCAACAUCGCCACGCAGAGUUUUGAGAGAGUGAUUUUUAUUUAGUUAUUUUUUCUUCUUAAGUUUUUCUUCUUUUCCUUUUUUCACUUUUUCUUCUUCAUUGUGUAAGUGGAGUUUGUGGGAGAGAGGCAAGAGAUAAAAAAAAGAAAAUUGUGCUUUAAAGUGAAACGGUGAAGAGAAAAAAAAACAAGUGAGACAGCAGCAGGAUAUAAACCAUCAUCUUUUGGAUUUUUCAUUCUUUGCCGCACAGUGUGCGCUUUUUUCUUCACUUCACUGUCCAACGAAAUAAAUACGACGGAAUAAUCUACAAAGUGAACAUCAAGUUUUCCACCCACCAGUCAAGAUGGGAGAUGUCGAUCCAGAGACGCUCCUGGAAUGGCUAUCCAUGGGGCAGGGAGAUGAACGUGAUAUGCAAUUGAUUGCACUUGAGCAGCUAUGUAUGCUGCUCUUGAUGUCAGACAAUGUUGACAGAUGCUUUGAGAGUUGUCCACCGCGAACCUUUCUCCCGGCACUCUGUAAAAUAUUCCUUGAUGAAUUAGCACCGGAAAAUGUGCUGGAAGUGACGGCACGUGCCAUCACCUACUAUCUUGAUGUCUCAGCAGAGUGCACGAGGCGUAUUGUCGCCAUUGAAGGAGCCAUCAAGGCGAUUUGCAAUCGUCUUGUUGUGGCCGAUUUGACGAGUCGUACAUCGCGUGAUUUGGCGGAGCAAUGUAUAAAAGUGCUCGAACUGAUUUGCACCCGUGAAGCUGGGGCUGUCUUCGAGGGUGGUGGCCUCAACUGUGUCCUCUCGUUCAUUCGAGAUUGUGGAUCGCAGGUGCACAAAGAUACCCUUCACUCUGCCAUGGCAGUUGUGUCGCGUUUAUGCACAAAAGUCGAACCACUCAGUCCGACCAUUCAAACGUGCGUUGAGAGUCUGAGUACGCUGCUACAGCACGAGGAUCCCCUUGUUGCCGAUGGGGCGCUAAAGUGUUUCGCCUCAGUGGCGGAUCGUUUUACACGCAAGGGUGUAGAUCCAGCACCACUUGCUGAAUACGGGCUCGUCUCGGAGCUCCUCAAUCGACUGAGUAACGCUGCAGGACCCGUAGCGUCGACAUCCACCUCAGGACAGACCCUCCAAGAGGGGGGACAUGCUUCUGCUGUUCCAAAAUCUCAGGCAGCAGACACAACACGUUCGAGUCAAUCUAUUUCAACGACGAUCUCACUACUUUCUACCCUCUGCAGGGGGUCACCAACUAUCACUCAUGAUUUGCUACGUUCGAAGCUGCCAGAGGCAAUUGAACGGGCACUUAAGGGUGAUGAACGAUGUGUGCUGGAUUGCAUGCGUCUGGCAGAUUUGUUGCUGUUGCUCCUUUUCGAGGGACGCCAGGCACUAAAUCGUGUGGGAUGUGCCCAGGGGCAGUUGGUACCGCGCGUUCGCAGGGCGGACUCAAGCGCAGAAAGGACACACAGGCAGCUAAUUGACUGCAUUCGAAGUAAAGAUACAGAGGCACUACUGGAAGCUAUUGAAUCAUGUGGGAUUGAUGUCAACUGCAUGGAUGACGUGGGUCAAACUCUACUUAAUUGGGCGUCUGCAUUUGGGACGCUCGAAAUGGUGGAGUAUUUGUGUGAGAAGGGAGCGGAUGUAAACAAAGGACAGCGGAGCUCAUCAUUGCACUAUGCUGCAUGUUUUGGGCGCCCAGGGAUUGCAAAGGUGCUCCUAAAGUAUGGUGCCAAUCCGGAUUUGAGGGAUGAAGAUGGAAAGACACCGCUUGAUAAGGCACGUGAGCGUCUCGAUGAGGGACACAGGGAGGUGACGUCAAUACUGCAGUCGCCUGGUGACUGGAUGUCGGCCAUACGACCAGAUGCCAAAUUGGAUGGGGAUGAGUCAAAUGAGCCACGUGGUGAUCCCGAAAUGGCACCAAUCUAUCUCAAAUUCUUUCUACCGGUCUUCUGUAAAACUUUCCAGAGCACAAUGUUGGCGAGUGUGCGGAAAUCAAGUUUAGGACUCAUUAAGAAGAUGGUCCAAUAUACCCAACCUGAAUUGCUCUCAACACUCUGCUCGACACAGAAUGACCAAAAUUUGGGUACAUUGCUGGUGGAGGUGGUUGCCAGUGUGUUGGAUAAUGAGAUAAGCUACAGUUGGCCCACAUUAAAUUUUCAACAUCCCCUUCGUAAGGGAAAAGUUGGCACAUUAGUGAACAACCUAAAACAGCAUCAGCACUAUCACCUCUAUAUUAUUCCACCACAGCCACCAUCGAAUAAUCAAGUGGCGGACGAUGAGGAUGGACAUUUGGUGGUUUUGACAAUAAUUGAGGAAUUAAUGUCAAAGACUCACGAUGAAUUUCUCGAUCAUUUUGCACGUUUGGGUGUAUUCUCAAAGGUGCAAGCACUCAUGGGUCCAUCGGCUAUUGGGAGUGAAGGUGCUGAAACGGAUGUGAUAAAGUCCCAAGAGGAGGGAGCCGCAUCGACGAGCCGGCAGCAAAAGGUGGGCAAUACAUCGGGUGCAGUGGAAUUAAGUAGUGACAAUGUGCUGGAGGAUGCCAAAGAAAUUCUACCGGGAAAGGCGUACCACUGGAGAGAUUGGAGUAUCUGCCGUGGACGUGAUUGCCUAUACGUGUGGUCAGAUUCAGCUGCCUUGGAGCUAUCAAAUGGCUCCAAUGGAUGGUUCCGAUUUAUCUUGGAUGGGAAAUUGGCUACAAUGUAUUCCAGUGGGAGUCCCGAAAAUGGAAGUGAUAGCUCAGGCAAAAAAGACUUCGUGGAUUCUAUUUCUAGCGAAGAGAAUCGUGGAGAAUUUUUGGAGAAAUUGCAGAGAGCUCGCGCUGCUGUCCGGCAAGGAUCGAUAUCGCAACCAAUUUUAUCCACAUCGACGUCUGCACGGCUAAUGGUGGGGAAUUGGGUGUUGCAAAAUCAAAAGGACAAUCAACUGCAUAUCCACAAUUCUGAAGGCCAUCAAGUGACGAUUUUGCAAGAUGACCUACCUGGGUUUGUCUUUGAGAGCAAUCGCGGUACGAAGCAUACAUUUACAGCUGAAACAACCCUCGGUCCGGACUUUGCAUCUGGAUGGUCGAGUAGUAGGAAGAAGAAGAUGCGUUCCAAGGCUGAGGCGCAAAAGUGCCAGGUGAAGAAUAUGGCACGUGACAUCUACAAUCGUCACUUCAAGGCCGCACAAGCAGUACCGCGUGGUGCUGUGGCCACGUUGGCGGUGAUUGUGCGCGAAAUUGAGACAGCUCUCGAGGAGCAAUAUUCACUAACAUUGGCACGACAGGCUGUGGUGGAUGGUGGUAGUGUGGCAGCUGAGGGUGGUUGUUGCGAGAAGAUUACAUGGCAGGAGAGACUCAGAUCGGCACUCAACAAUCUCGCCACACUUCUUCACGUGGAUGGUGUUGUGAGUGCAUACGAAAUGCACAGUUCGGGACUUGUGCAGGCACUUGUGGCAUUGCUAUCGAAGAAUUACUGGGAAUCUGGACUCACGCGGAAUAAGGCGAAUAAGUUACAAAAGCAGCGAAUUGCCAUAUUCAAUCAAUGCAUCCAAGUGGGAUCAAACAAUGAGACAAUUGAUGGGGCAAAGGGGAAGAGUACAGCAAGUAUCCUUGUAGGUAAAUUAGUGGCAGUCCUGGAGAGUAUUGAGAAACUUCCGGUGUACCUCUAUGAGUCACCUGGUACGGGGUAUGGGUUGCAAAUUCUCACCAAACGACUACGUUUUCGUCUCGAGAGAGCAUCGUGUGAAACAACACUAUUUGAUCGUACGGGGAGGCAUUUGAAGAUGGAACCACUCGCCACUGUGGGUCAAUUGGCCAAGUAUUUGCUAAAGAUGGUGGCAAAGCAGUGGUACGACAUGGAUAGAUCAACUUAUUUCUACCUAAAGAAGCUCAAGGAGUGCGGAAAGCAAAUUGUCUUCAAGCAUCAAUAUGAUUUCGAUGAGAAUGGACUGAUUUAUUUUAUUGGCACAAAUGGAAAGACUACCGAGUGGGUAAAUCCAGCGCAAUAUGGCCUUGUUACAGUUACAAGUUCCGAAGGGAAGCAGCUUCCUUAUGGAAAACUGGAGGAUAUUCUCUCGCGGGAUAGCAUUUCAAUAAAUUGCCACACAAAGGAUAACAAGAAAGCGUGGUUUGCCAUUGAUCUGGGGCUCUUCCUAAUCCCAACGGCCUACACACUACGCCAUGCAAGAGGCUAUGGACGAUCAGCACUGAGGAAUUGGAUGUUCCAAAUGUCAAAGGAUGGUCUCACAUGGCAGACCCUGUAUACGCAUAGCGAUGAUAAAAGUCUCGUUGAACCUGGUAGUACGUGCACGUGGACAAUUGAAUGCUCCCCAGAUGAGACAAUUGGUUUCCGGCAUGUGCGUAUCCAGCAGAAUGGGCGCAAUGCUUCGGGGCAGACACACUACCUCAGUCUUUCGGGUUUUGAAAUCUAUGGACGUGUGGUGUCAGUAUGUGAGGAUUUGGGGAAGACAGCUGCUAAGGAGAUUGAAGCGAAGAUUCGUCGUGAGAGACGUCAGAUACGGGCACAGUUGAAGCACAUCACAUCCGGUGCAAGAGUAGUGCGUGGUGUUGAUUGGCGCUGGGAUGAUCAAGAUGGGCAUCCACCGUGUGAGGGUACAGUCACGGGGGAGAUUCACAAUGGAUGGAUUGAUGUAAAGUGGGAUCAUGGUGUGAGGAAUUCCUACAGAAUGGGCGCCGAAGGGAAGUACGAUCUUAAACUGGCUAAUUGUGAUAGUCUACUGAUGGAACCCGGCAACUCCCUUAUCCCAUUGUCAACGAAAAGGUCCACAGAUAAGACUAGUGUGCUUACAAGUAGAAAAUCCAGCUCAACCCCAAGUCUCCCUGAGGCUACAACAGAUAGUAGGGGUUCUGUUGCAUCCACAGAUCAAGCUUCAUCUGCGGACAAUUUGACAUGGAAGCAAGCUGUUGAGGCAAUUGCUGAGAAUGUUUUAUCAUCAGCUAAGAGUGACAUUGUCAAUCCGGGUGAGAUUCAUCCCAAUCAAACAGAGGUGUCUGUUGUUGUGCACACCCUUCGGGAUCAUCAUCCAGAUUUGUCUGCAAUUAACAAUUCAACACAGACAAUUGCAUCGGAUUUGGCUACAAUAACGGAGAAUCUGACACUUGGGACUCCGGAACCUGCAUCCAGUAGCACGGGAAAUCCUUGUUUUGUACGCCAACAGAGCUAUCCUGAAGACAGUAAGAUUCUCAACGAAGCCAAUAACAAGAUAAAUGCGAGCAAUUCAACAAACAGCAUUGCUUCCAAGGGACUCCUGAGUACCCUACGUUCACAGUCGGGUGGUGUAACAAAGAUGACAACAACAGUUAGUCAGGGAGUCGAUACGUUCCGCAACAAUGCCAGCAAUAUUCUCUCUUCGGACAUUCUAUCCAUUUCAACGGCAAACAUGCUAACACCUGCUGUAAGGAUGACGCUACAAAAGUCAACGAUUGCCAAUACAACAACAACACCAAGUAGUGAGAAAAUUCAAGCAACAGCUGAAGAGCAGAAUUUCAAGAUGAGGAAACCUCUGCACAGAGUAGAGAAGCUCCUGCAGAUUCAGCAACAACCUGAAGAUAUCUACUUACCACUACCACCGUCUGUGGCCAAGGAACGCGAUACAACGAACAAUUUGAAGAAUAAUCUUGUAGCUACGUCUGUUGUAACCCAAGGAACAGCUACAGCCACUGAGACACUCGCCCAAGCUGGUGCACCAUCUUCAACGAGUACUAGUGCUGAUGCCGUAGUCGUAGCAAAUCCCAUGAGUGUAUCUGUACCCAAUUUAACGACGUCCACCAAUGAAGUGACUAAUCCCAUUGAACCAGCAACACCACAUGGGCUCCUUGAGACAUUUGCCGCCAUGGCAAGACGCAGAACAUCCCAGGGUAAUGGUGGUGGUGGAGCUUUCCAGGCAAACAAUCAAGCAAUGAAUACGGCAAAUAGUACCAACAAUCAGAGUACAUCAGGAUUCUUCCCGCGUGGUCCAAAUUCUGUUACUAGUCUCGUGAAGUUGGCACUAUCAAGUAAUUUCCACACUGGUCUCCUCAGCACGGCUCAGAGUUAUCCAAGUCUCACGAGUUCAGCCAAUAUUCCAACAACGACGAAUUCUGGGACCACAGCUGGUAUUACGACAUCUGCAAGUAGUGGGCAGGCAGCUACGAGUCCAUCACCAGCCCUCAAUCCUGCCUUCACCAUGAGUCUCACAUCAACGAGUAGCGACAGCGAGCAGGUGUCUCUGGAGGAUUUCCUCGAGAGUUGUCGUGCUCCAACACUUCUUGGGGAUCUCGAGGAUGAUGAGGACAUGGAGGAGGAUAAUGAUGAUGAGGAGAAUGAGGAUGAAUAUGAGGAAGUUGGUAGUACACUCCUUCAAGUGAUGGUAUCAAGGAAUUUGUUAUCAUUCAUGGAUGAGGAGACACUGGAGAAUCGUCUUGUGGCAGCGGGAAAGAGAAAAUCCUGGGAUGAUGAGUAUGUGCUUAAGAGGCAAUUUUCAGCUCUUAUUCCCGCCUUUGAUCCACGUCCAGGACGUACGAAUGUUAAUCAGACAACAGAUCUCGAUAUACCACCACCUGGUUCCGAGAGUCAAUCUCAAUCGGUCGAUGUAACACUAAUUCCGCAACCAUCACUGCAUUUGGUACUCAAGGGACCCAAUUUGACUGGUGUGCCAGAUGUGGAGAUUCCCCUAACAAAUCCCGAUUGGACAAUCUUCAGGGCCGUCCAGGAGCUCAUGCAGAUGACAAAUAUGAUUAAAACGGAGAAAUUACGAAAAAUCUGGGAACCUACUUACACCAUAAUCUACCGUGAAGCCACGAGUAGGGAAGACAAUAAUGGAAGUAGCGGUGAAGGGAGAACAACCCCUGUGGUAUCUGUCUUCAGUUCAGGACGAAGUGGAGGAUCAACCCUUUCGCCAAGCUCACCACUUCCAAUGACACCAUCAACACUCCACUGCUCCGUUGACGAUGUCCUGCAACUUCUGUCACAACUCAAUGCCAUCAAUGGUCAGAUGACGGGAGGUGAUACGGAGGGUAGUAGUAGUAGUAGUACCUCAGCACUCAGUGGUGAUCUAUUUAUGAGCAAGAAAAUCACAAAUAAGCUUGUGCAGCAAAUUCAAGAUCCCCUUGUGCUCAGUAGCAAUAGUUUGCCAUCGUGGUGUGAGGAUCUCAAUCAAUCGUGUCCCUUCCUCUUUCCCUUCGAGACGCGUCAGUUGUACUUCAGCUCAACUGCCUUUGGGGCAUCAAGGAGUAUUGUGUGGCUUCAAUCGCAGCGCGAUGUGACAUUGGAUAGACGUAUACCGGGAUCGAGUCCGCGUCGUGAUGAGCAGCAUGAAUUCCGCGUUGGCCGCCUCAAGCAUGAUCGCGUUAAAGUGCCACGGAGUGAGAAUCUCAUUGAAUGGGCUGUGCAAGUGAUGAAGACGCACUGUACACGAAAAUCCGUGCUAGAGGUAGAAUUUGUCGGGGAAGAGGGUACAGGAUUGGGUCCAACGUUGGAAUUUUAUGCUCUUGUCGCGGCGGAAUUGCAACGAAGUGAUCUGGGGAUGUGGCUGUGUGACGAUGAGGUGGAUUACAAGAGGGAUAACGAAGUGGAGAUUGAUCUGGGUGAGGGUGCAAAGCCAGCGGGGUACUAUGUGAGACGCCCUGCGGGACUUUUCCCGGCACCCUUGCCGCAAGAUUCGGAAAUUUGUGAACGUGUUGCAAAGUACUUUUGGUUUUUGGGUGUCUUCCUUGCCAAAGUCCUACAGGAUGGGCGUAUUGUUGAUCUACCGCUAUCGACACCAUUCCUCCAGUUGCUGUGUCACACAAAGAGCACAAAAUCCCGCAAUAUCUCCGCGGGAUCUGGGCUAAAGUCCAAUGAGGACAUCAUGAUGUCAAGCAUUAUGUCGGAGGAGAGUGAUCGCGAAGCCAUUGAUACGUAUUCCCGUAUGUUGGGAGCACGAUUUCCAGCUUCGUCGUGGUACGAUGGUGUCCUGGGGUGGGAUCAAUUGGCUGAAAUUGAUCCUAUUCGUGCGGAAUUUAUGCAGGAGCUGCAAGAACUUGUGGGGCAAAAGCAGAAUAUUGAGCAGAAUGCAAGCUUAACACCCGAAACCAAAGCCCAAAUGAUUGGGGAAUUGAAGCUCAUUACAAAGUCCAUGGAGGUUAAUCUUGAGGAUUUGGCUCUCACAUUCACCUACCUGCCCAGCUCGAAGGUGUACGGGUUCCCGAGUGCAGAGCUCAUCCCGAAUGGUAGUCAGGUGGAUGUGACGGUGAUGAAUGUGGAGGAGUACUGUGAUCUCACGAUGAAUUUCUGCCUCCAAGAUGGCAUUGCGAAGCAACUUCAGGCCUUCCACGAGGGUUUCAGUCAGGUGUUUCCGCUCAAUAAAUUGGCUGCCUUUACGCCCGAGGAGGCACGCAUUAUGAUAUGCGGUGAACAAAAUCCCGAAUGGACAAGGGAUGAUCUCCUAAAUUACACAGAACCAAAAUUGGGUUACAGCAAAGACAGUCCUGGUUUCUUGCGCUUCGUGAAUGUACUGAUGAGUCUCACGGGACCAGAAAGGAAAGCCUUCUUGCAAUUCACAACCGGAUGCAGCAGCUUACCACCUGGUGGUUUGGCAAAUCUCAUGCCUCGCCUCACAAUUGUCCGGAAAGUGGAUGCUGGCGAGGGAAGCUAUCCGUCUGUCAAUACUUGCGUCCACUACCUCAAGCUACCUGAUUAUCCCACGGAGGAGAUUCUAAAAGAGAGACUCCUGACUGCCACCAAGGAGAAGGGAUUCCAUCUCAACUAAAUGAAAAGAAAAAAUGAAAUGUUGUUUAAUGAAAAUCUCUGUGUGUGCGUGAAAUUUUGUGUUCAACGGCUGCUGGUAUAAUGGCAAAAUCACAAUUAUUGAAGGAUUUUAUUGCAGAGAAAGUGAAAAAGAAAAAUUUCCAUUAAAAAUUUCAACAACAAAAAUUUCUCAAUUUUUUCAAAGUAUCGAGAUUUUGUGAAUGAAAGAAAACAGAUCUUGAAUCAAAUAAUAAUUGAUGCACUAUAAAAGAAUUUGGAUUUUAGGACAAUAUUUAAUCACACAGAGUAAAAGAAAGAAUAUUUUAGAACGAUAGUAGGAUGUAAUUUUAAGUUUUUCCUUCGUCUCUGUUUAACUGAAUAAAAUUUAAAAUAAAAAAUGAAAACAGUGUAUAAUUAGUGUGAUAUUCAAAUAACAAAAAUGAUGUAUUGAGUGAGAGGCAGAUAAAGAUGAGUAAAUAAAAAUUACAAUAAUUUUAAAAAAUUAAGAAAAA